AUGCAGACUCAAACCCGGUUGCCGUCGUCAUCCCCACACAGUGGGGCGGUGAGACGCGAUGGGACUUCUCGCCAGCAGCCCAACACCCCUGCCUCCUCUCCCCUACCCCCCCGACCGGAAGGCGCUCAGCCGCUGCUGCAGGUGCCGAACUUCCAGUUUUCUUCUUCGUCUCCCCCCGCUCCAGAAGUCUUCCGAGCCGCGCCUGCCUCGUCGAAGCCGCGGGGGAGUCAGAAUUUCCCCUCGCCUCUCCUUCCCACCGCAGUGCACUCCAGAUGGCACCGAGGAGGGUUCAAUUCGCGGAGUUGCCGCGAAGAAAUUGCACAGUGGGAGAGACGAGGACGCGGCGGCGCGAGGAGGGUGGGCGGGGCGCCGUGGAUAGACCGCGGCGAAGCACGAGAAGAUGCUGGCGUUGACGGCAGUGGACGCCAAGCAGGCGACAGGGGCGCACCGGGCACUCCUUCUCGGCGCAAAGACGCCCGUCGACGAAAUGCGAGUUGCCCGUGCGCGACUCCGUUGGAUGUGGCGGUCGGCGUGCGGCGACCUUCCCCGCUCACUCUGCCGCUUCCUCCGUCGCCGGCAUUUGCGCAGCCGACGAAAGUGAACUCUCGUUUUUUCUCGGAAUCCAUGCGGCUCUCACCGGGGCUGAGGAGUCCGAGUCGCCCGCGCCUGAACCGACACAAGUACCGAGAGAAGACGCCCGCCGUCGAGAGCGCCAUCUGCUACACGCUCUCGGACUACCUUUCGCGGUUUUUCUCCGUGGUAAAGCAGCCGGACGUCUCCUUUUUGUCGAUUCUCCUCGAGCCCGUCGCCAGUCUCCUACUCAAGUGGUCGGUGGCCCCAGCCGGAGACAUGCAGCGGUGCCGUUUCCCUGAAGUCCUUCGCGUGUAUCGCCACCGCGCCUUUCUCUUUGUGCUUCUGGCCCUUCUCUCUGGGCUAUUUCACGCGUCGUGGAAAGCCGCAGCCGUCUGCCUGGCGUUCAGCGUCUUUUGGAUCUUUGGCGUCGGAGCAACGAUGUGCUGUUCCAAGAGCCUCAAGUGGGUGUCGAAUUUGCUCACGGGGCUCUUUGGGAUCUUGCUCGUGUCAACGUCACCACGCUUGGUUCCUCUUCGCGAAUCGCUCCCCUUCCCCGAGUCCGUCCACAUCUUCGUUGCCUCAGGACUUAUCCUUGUUCUUCCCCAAACCGACCAGUGGGUGCUGCCUACGCACACGCGCCUGCUCUGCCAUCUCGCCUCGACGCUCGUGUACGUCGUCUUCUCGCUGGCCUCUUCGCCGGCUCCCUCCGCCUCUCUCUCCGCCUCUCUCUCCGCCUCUCCCUCCAUCCUCCCCUCGUUCCUCUCCUCCCUCUUCGGCUCGGUGGCGAACUUCCCGUUUUCCUUCGUCGCGGCGGUCUCGACGUUCCUCCUGUCGCGGGCCUUCCUCGGCGCUCUCUUCUGGUGGAGCUUCCACCUGCUCUUUUUUUGUGCCGACGUGUUUCUCUCGGAACUGUUUGCGCUGGCGUGCAUGCAAGAAGCCGAGGAGGCCUCGAACUUCAUGCUGGAUCAACUGUUCAAGUGCUGGUCCCCCGGCGGCAUCAACGUUGUCGCCUUGACCGACAGACACCGGCAGUGCACGUGGAUUUCCCGUGACGCCAGCCGCGUGUUCAAGCGGACGUCGGUUGCCACAGACUCCUCACCAGGCAAGAACGAGGCUGAGACAGAAGACGCGGCCGGACCUCUGGACGCUGCUGAAACGAGGCCGAGUCCCCCGCGAGACACAUGGCGAAAUCAGGAAGAAAGGAAGGAAGGACGGGGAGAGAGCGUAAUGUCCGAGGGCGGAACUGGUGCAGUUUCGACAGUCGCGACUGAGUGGUUCCCUUCGUUCGCGCCCUUCGGCAGUUAUCCGUCUGGAAGCCUCUCGUCGGAAGGCUCCCUGCGGUCGAGGAACUCGGUGCUCCUCAGCCCGUCUCGGCAAGCGACAGACACGCCUGGCGCGGUCAACUUGGAUUCUCAGUCUGCGUUCGCCACCGCUUCCGGGACUGAAACAGAGCGCUCUGUCGGGACCCGAAAGGGGUUUUGGCGAUGGUGUCCGUCGCCCGCGCUCCUGCUCGACGCGUGGAAGGCGCUCCUCAGAGACUCGCGCAGGCUUCUGUCGCGCUCUCACGAGGCCCUGAAGCACCACGUGUUCCGGCCGCUCUCGCGCGGGUCUUCGCUCGAGGAGAGCCAGCGAGAGAAGUCGCUCUCGUGUGUCGCUCGCAGCGACAAGGAGAAAGAAGACGCCGCGUUGAUCGGCCUGCCGCUGGACUCCUGGAUCCACCCAGAGGACAGGCGCGUCUUUGCGCGGGCCUUCGAAAAGGCGGACCACCUCUUUGGGAAAGACGACUUGGCUUCGCCCGAUGCCUCGCCUGUGGCUGCGCGGAGACACCUGGCGGUCGAAGGCUCCAAGAAGGUGGGCCGAGAGGAAGAAGGCGAGGACGACGGCCGGUGCAUCGUUCGCGUCCUCUGUCCACAAGCGCGGGCGGCGCACUCGCAUCUGCACGAGGGAGUUCCCCAGUUUUCCGAACGGGAGAAGGAGCUGGACGAUGCGUGCGUCUCGCCCUUUGCAUCCGACGCGCUCUCGCCCGCGUCCGCGUUUUCGCGGUCGCCCGGCAGAGCUUCCGACGCCCUCGCGGGUUGCAGCCCAGACGAACUUAGAGGCCUCUCAGACUCCGACUUCACCUACUUCGAAGUGCUGGUCACGCCCUGUCGGUACCCCUGGUCCUCGAGCCGCAUUCGCCUCACCCGCUACAACGUCUCCUUCUACAACAUCGACGAGAGGGUGCGUCUCCAGAAGCAACUCGAGUCCCUCGUUCUCGCCAUGUCGGAGACGCUCGGCAUCGCGGCCUGGGCCUUCGACACACACGCGGUCUUGACGGCUGAGAAGCGCACGCAGCAGCGCGAACGGGAGACACCUGGCGAGGACGUGACCGCCGCCGCUGACUCCGGCAAAGACAGAGAAGGAGCAGAGCCUGGUGGAAGCGGAGAAACCCGCAGAGAGGUUCCACUUGAAACGCAUUCGAGAUCCGUUCAGAGGAACCCAGCGCGUGUGCCGUCUUUUCCGGUGGGCGCUGACCCGGGGCACGCCAAGGCUGCGCGGGGUGAAGGGAGUGGACGCGGGGAAGGCUCCGGUGACGGUCGUCGCUUCCGUCUUGCGCCGCCUCGCCCUGGGAGGCCCCAAGGGUCGGCGCCUCCAAAGUCGUGUUCUUCUCCGCUGAGUCGUACAGCUCCGAGCUGCGCGUCUCACAUGCUCGCUUCGCCGCUCUUCUCGGCGACGCCCUCGCCUGCAGUGCCGUUCAUUCCUGGCUACGGCUCUCCGAGCCGCUACUCAUACAUUUUCACGGAGCAAGCGUACAAGAAGAUGACGGGGCGCGAGAUCCGGUCGGGGGAACAAACGAGGCUCUUCCAGGCGGGCUCGGCUCUCUGGGAGCGACACAGACGGCGCCGACUGACGGAGACAUCAGGCAAGCUCGGACAGAAGAGCGGCGUGUUCCCCUUCGCGCCUGGCGGGGGGAGAACGGGAGCGACGAACAGCCGGAAUGGGGAGAAGACGCGGAGAAGUUCGUGUGGGGAACCCGCGGAGGCCGCAGGGGCGACGGAGGUGCUUAGACGCAGGCGCAGUCCGGCGCCGGGGCGACAAGUGGGGGCGGAGGACGAGCGAGACGAGAGACAGCGCGAGAGAGGCGAGAGAGACGCAGGCGGACGAAAGAGAGACGACGAAGACGGCUUGGGAGAAAAAGACAGACUCCACGACGACGACUACGAAGCGGCGCUCCAGGGAACCUGGCUGCAGUACUUCAUGGAGCCGGGACGCGAUCAACUCGUGGAGGCGUUACGGGAGCUAUUUGACGAGAGAAAACCCUUCCGGCUAGAGCUUCCCUAUGAACGCGCGGAUGGUCAGGUUCGGUGGUUCAAGGUUGCUGGCUAUGCGUCCUCGAGUGACUCAUCUCUCUUCUGGGGUUUAAUUCAAGAUGCGACAACGGACCGCACCCAACUGAACGAGCAGGAGCGCCGGCGGGCGCUGCUGACGCUGCUGACGGAAUGUCAGUUUGACGGCUGGGGGGUCGUGGAUAUCCGCGAGCUCGGCCAAAUUGUGGAGGCGUCGCCGUCGCUGAACGCGCUUCUCAACCGCGAUGUAAAGGGCCUUCAUUACUCGAUCGUGAUUCCUCCCGCCGUCGUGCCGCACCUCGAGGCAGACGGCUUCUGCAUCGACCACGCCGUCGUGCUCUUUGGCGGCGCAUGCAGCCACGAGGAAGGCGCGAGCGAGGACGCGGCGAGAAAGCGAGAAGCGACCGGCUGCCAAAGCGCACCGCACAAAGAAGGCCCAUGCGCCGACGAGCAGGCGAGCCGUGGUUGCCAGGAACCGUGUCCUUGUGUGCAGCAGCUGAACAAGAGCAAGGUGAUGGCGUUGACAGCAGUAGCAGAUCCUUCGGAUCCGAGUAUUGCAGUUUUCGGCCUGCGCGAUUUGCACGUGACAUUCCAGGAAGCAGUCGAGAAUCGGACAGUUCAGCCGACGCUCCCGUCGCCUUCGUACGCCUCCCCGGACAGGCCUGCACGGAACGCGUGUCCGUCCUCGCCCCCAGAUUCCGUGUGGCGGCAGUCUUCGCCCGAGUCGAUCUACCAAGUGUCCGAGAAGCGCUUCGAAGAAAGUCGAGGAGGGCGGCGAGACUGCGAGGCUCACAGAAAGGGGGCGACGUGGGAACUGCCUGCCGAGGCGACCAUCCAGGAUCGAGCAGAAGAGCGGGCGGAGUCGGCAGCCGAAUCCAAGGAAGCAGCGGGACGCGAGGGCUUACAGGGUCAAGAAGGCGAAGGCAAGGAGAGCGCGUCUGUGCGGGAAGCCGAAGCAGGCGCGCUGCGGGACGCGACGGAGGCCUCGCGCAGAGACUCGCAAGCUCUAAACAUCCCCGUUUCCAAACGGCAAGAGCGAGUGUGUACUCUUCCCUCUGAAGAAGCAGGCGAAGCGAGAAAGGAAGAAGGGAGCACAGGGAGAGAAAGAGAACGGAUGGAGACCGGGGGAGAGAGAAGAGAGAUCGCGCCGUCGGAGCCGCGGCCUGAAGAGCGAGAGAAGGCAGGGAGGGUGAAAGUUGCACGCGCGGAAGGACACCCGUGUGGGAGAGAAGGACGCCGGUGUGGGAAAGGGGGAUUCGGCGAGAGGCAACACGCGGCAGCUCUCACAGAAGGCAAACCCGACCUCACGUUCGCCCCAGAGCACGACGUGAGCCCGCCCUCGUCUUAUACGCGGUCCUCGCCUUCGAGUGCGACGCAAAAGAAAGGCGAGGAGCCGAUCGAGCGGGCAAGGAAUCCGCAGUCGUCCUCCUUCUCUUCUUCUCACUACCUCGCCUCGCUUUCGUCGGCGGCUGAGGUCGUCUCGUCUCCAAUGUUGACGCGUACAGCUGCGCUCCGCCGCAUUUCGUCUAUCUCCUUUUCGUCGAGUUCCUCCUUCGCCUUCUCGUCUCCGGAGAAGACGACACGCGGGCGAGCUCUUCAGGGCCGUGGAGGGGCGCUGUCGUGCGUCGAGCCGCCCUCGGCGCCUUUCUUCCUCUCUGCAACGCUCGGCGAGAGCCUCCGAGAGGCAGCAGAAGAAGUCUCGAGAGCUCCGCGGAACACCGCCCGAGCCACGCGCGAGCGAGACCGCCUCUCCGUCGCGUUUUCGCUCCCGCCUCUCUCGCUCGGCUCGCCGCAAACGGCUGCGGCGCUCUUGCCUCAAGGCGUCCACCCGCCGAGUUGCUCGAAUCGGGCGAGGGAUCGUGGGGCCGAGACGCUUGCGAAGGCGGCAGACGCGGGUCUGGAGACAGCUCUUCUGCAUCGCGGCCUCAGAGGACCUGUUUGCGGGGGGGAAGAGUUGCGCGCAGGAGGCGACCAACCGGAGACUCACGCGAAUUUGGGAGGCGCGAGUCCCCGGCAGAGGUACUCGUAUAAGGGCGAGAAUAAGGGGCUACACAAAGACGAGAGAGAGAACAGGCCUGCAGACGAGCGGACUCCAUCCAGACAGCGUGAGGCCUGUCGCACACUGUCGCCUUUUCACGCGACUCCGUUCCACCCUUCUUCUCUCGAGUGUACGGAGGCUCGAGUGUCUUCUGCGAGUUUCACAGAAGCGUGUGGAGAGCGUCGGGAGGACGCGGAACGAAAUCCGCUCCACACGCAACGCGAUACGAAGGCCGAUCUCGCGGGAGCGGGACAAGGACACGUGUCUCGAGGGCCCUGCGUGGAGAACAAUCGCUUUUCGCCAGAGAGUUCUGCUUCGCACGGCGAGAACAGCGCAUGCGAAGGUUUCCGCGGAAGUUUCGCAUGCCCCAAAGACGCUCAGGCUUCAUUUCGUUCGCCUCCGGAGGCGAGGUGCGACGGUGGCAGAUUGGCUGUGUGUGCCCGGGGUUCGGGAAACUCUCCGCGGCGUUCUCGGGGGAAUUCGAGGCAGCGUGAAAGUGGAGACAUGUCGAGCGGAAGAGAGGAGGUUAGUCGAGAGACGGAAGAAACGCGUUUGAGUUGUCUGGCCCCCAGAGGAUUCGGCAGCAGACUCGAGGCGCACGAUCAACCCUCGCCGCUCAGCCGGGCGCUGGUCGAGAGGCGUCAGUACGGGAGACUCGUGCAUCCAGCCGCCUGCGGCAGUCGAGAUGGUGCGGAGACUGGCUCGUCUCCUCCAGAGAGCCUUUCGUGA